GUCACCAUCAGGUAAGUGGGAUAAUCACAGGUCACCAUCAGGUAAGUGGGAUAAUCACAGGUCACCAUCAGGUAAGUGGGAUAAUCACAGGUCACCAUCGGGUAAGUGGGAUAAUCACAGGUCACCAUCAGGUAAGUGGGAUAAUCACAGGUCACCAUCAGGUAAGUGGGAUAAUCACAGGCCACCAUCAGGUAAGUGGGAUAAUCACAGGUCACCAUCAGGUAAGUGGGAUAAUCACAGGUCACCAUCAGGUAAGUGGGAUAAUCACAGGUCACCAUCAG